GACGAGAUUGUUUCCAUGGCUGACUCCACCACCACCAUCGAUGACAUUGAAGGAGAGCUCUUCAAAAUCGAGAGGAUCAGGGAGAUCCUGGUGAGGAGGGAGUCAGAGCUGCGGUACAUGAUGGAUGACAUUCAGCUUUGUAAAGAAAUCAGCCGGCUGAAAAAAGAGCUUCAAAAGCUCAUAGCUCUUCCAGAGAAUGAGAAGUCCAACGAGGAGAAGCAGAGGGAAGAGGAGCUGGUACAGCAGAUACACAAGUUGGUGGAAACACGGGAUUUCCUGGUGGACGAUGUGGAGUUUGAGAGGCUCAGGGAAAGGGAAGAAGACAAGGAAAUGGCAGAGUUCCUGCAGAGUAAGCUCUCCAAAAGCUACUUCCAGAAAGGAACUCCUGUCAAAGAGAAGAAAAUGACUUCCAGGGGGCAGCAAACCUCUGCACCAUACAUGACCAAAACGGGCCUCACCCUGCUCAAGGAGUGCUGUGGCUUCACCUGCUCCAUCAUGUAGGACAGCCCCCAGCUCCUCUGCACAGGACAUGACCAUGGUCUCCAGCCAGAAUCCACAAUCUGCUCUCCUCCGAGAGUUUCAAUUUCUCAUCAUUGUUCAUGCUUCCCACUGCAGCACCACCACCAAAGAGACUUCCCAAGCAGGCUGGUGCAAGCUUGAAUGAUGGCAUUUGUCCUUAGUGCCACGUCAACUGUCGUCUCCUCCAUGACAUCAACAAACACCAAAUUCCACCUGAGCUCAGCUUGGAGGAGGUGUGUUGCAGCUGCAGCAAACAAGUUCAUGACAAAGAAGACCAGUGCAGUCCUUCACCUGGACAGAGUAAUAAAAAAAGCACUGGGAGCUAAUGUAUGGAGAACAUUGUGCUCCACCCUCCAGGAUAUGCUGUGGCCACAGAUGAUGUCUCAUCCUUAGCCUUGUACCACCUUGUGAGUCUCUACGGGCAGUUUCGUGAGGACUCUUGGUGGGGAAUGUCUGGUCUGGGUUUUGUUGUGUUUGCAUUGGUGUUAUUGCAAGGUGCUCCAUGGCUUUGGGUAGAGCUGAGCAAAGUGUGAAGGUCAGUCCCUAGAGCUGGCUGAAUGAAGGGCUAAUUCUUGUGAAGUUAUCACCUGAGCACAGACCCAGCAUGUUGAACUGUGAGCAGAUGAGUUACUUUCUUCACCUCACUAUUACUGGAUUCAGUUUUCAGCUCCAAGAAAAAGGAGGAAAUUAAAGCAAAAGAGAAAAUUCUGAAGAACAGGGCAAUAUGCAGAAGGAAAUGAAAACCAAACAGGAGAUUGCAAUAGUGGCAAGGGAAGGUGGAGACAGCAGGUGAAAGACACUCUCACUGCCAAGAGGGCAUUCAGUCCUGCUCUCCAGUGCUCAGACAGUGCCUCUGGGCUUGGCACCAUGAGCCAGACUCAUGGCACCCUGAGGUCAUGCAGUGUCUGGGUUUCUGUUGUCCCUUCUGAGCAUCCACCCGUGUUGAGGUGGCACAGCCAAAGCUGCUAAUGCCCAUCAUGGUAGGACAGGGGCUGUUUCCUUAUGGGUGUGAAGGCCUCUCACAUCUCCUGCCCUGUAAGCUGCUGUGGUGUCACUGGGUGUCCUGGCGUGGCCUUCCCUUUGGGUGGCUGCCCAAGAGCUCUGGCUGCACCUCUGGCCAAAAUGCUGAUUCCUCCAGCUCAGUCCUGCUACAGCUUGCUGUAGGGUCUGGAGAUGGUGUUCCUGCCUGGGUCACUGUCAGACAUGCCCAUGCCAGUGAGAUGGUCACAACUCAUUUGGCUCUUUCCAUUGCACCUAAUAGCACAUUCAUCCUUAUAAAAUACAAUUCAGGUGGAAUACUUACAAGUGCAAUCUCAUAAUCAGGUCCAAGUUCCUCCUGCAUUUCUUUUUCAGCACUGCCAGAAAACCCAGUGUGUGGGAACCUGUUCUCCAACCUUUGCAAGGUGGUUCCACUCACUCGUCCUUCCUGAGCAAUCUCAUCCCCAUAUGGAUCUUAACAGCAGCUGGAAAAGUCCAAAAGCCAAACCAGUCCCUCUGCACACUCACAAACCAGAGUACAAGGCCUGAAUGGGUCAACAUGACACCUGGUCAUCUCUAGCAAACUUGACACCACUUUGGUCUGUGUCACCUCUGAGUUGACUUCAGUGAUCUCAUUCUGAAGCCUGCUUGCAUUGUGCUGCCCAAUGUUAAUGUCCUACAGCGUCCCACAACCACCAUCUGCCAGUUCAUGGUCUCUCUUUGCUUAGUGGAGGCUUCAGUGUGGGCUGGAGAGAGCAACAUGUAGGUCACAGCGACAAAUUAAGUCACAGAGAGCUCCUCUCUACUUUGUCAACCCUGUGUGAUGGAAUGCGGUGCAGUACACAGCCGGGGCUGUUGUCCAAGCAGUGGUGACAGGCCAUCAUCAGUAGCAUCCAUCCUGGAAUUGAUGGGAUAGAUUUGGUCACUCACUCCCUGCUCUUCCAGAAAGUAUUCAGUGGCUGCUUUGCUUGGUCACUCUCUAGUCACGGACGUGGUGCUACGGGUGUUUGCUUUGAUCCACACAGCCCAAAGGCUCAAGACCCAGAAGGCCCCCCUCACUGUCCUUGCCUUCCCCAGGGUCUUCUUGGGAAGGGAGAGUAAGGAAGCCAGUUUGUUUAGUUGAACUGAGAGGGAGCCAAAGCCCUUGAUUCAGAAGUUGCUAAUUCAUCCCUACCUCCACCCUACAAGGCCCCAAGACCCAGAUUUCGCCUGCUGAGCAGGCAGGGAGGAUGGCCAGGGGAGCAUGGGCAAGGUCCUGGCCUGCUUUGGGCUGUACUGUCUGUGUUUGUGUGUGGCUGGUCAUGGCGAAGGGGACAGGCUGCUGUCCUGGUCAUACGCCACGAUUUGGCCUGUAUUCCUGUAUUUUAACUGAUGGCAGAGGUGUGCAGCACACGGGAGCGACGCUGUUUCAUGUGCAUUGAUUUCAACCCAAACAAAUAAAUGUCUGUUGGAAGCUUGGUUCAUAGAUA